UUUCGUUAAGAGUACGAUCCAACAUGCUAAAAUUAAUUAUCUUGUUACUUUGCGUGUACGCCGUUGCUGCCGAUAGGGGUUUCAAACCCAUCGUGCCAACUUUGGAUGGAAGAAUCGUCGGAGGUCAAACGGUGAACAUCGCCAACUUCCCUUACCAAGUAUCUCUCAGACUUGGAACUUCCCAUUUCUGUGGAGCUGUCAUCAUCGGUACUAAUUGGGCUGUUACUGCUGCUCAUUGUCUUGUCGGUGUUUCUGGAACCUUCAGCAUCAGGUCUGGAAGUUCUAUGGCUAAUUCUGGAGGUACCAUUCACAGCAUCUCUAGAUUGGUUGUUCACGGAAGCUACAACUCUAGAACUCUCGAUUUCGACAUUGCGCUCGCACAAAUUUCUGGAUCUUUCGCUCUUGGAAGCACUGGAGUGCAAAGAAUUAAUUUGCCAUCAGCUGGUAGCCGCCCAUCUGCUGGUACUAACGCUGUUGUGUCUGGAUGGGGUGCCAUUAGGGAAGGUGGACCUGGUGCCACUCAACUCCAAGCUGUUACUGUUCCAAUUGUCAGCCAAGCUAGUUGUAGAUCAUCUUAUGGCACUUCCGCUAUUACUGAUCGUAUGAUUUGCGCUGGAUUUGCUUCUGGUGGUAGAGACGCUUGUCAAGGAGACAGCGGUGGCCCAUUAGCUGUUGGAAACACCCUCGUCGGUGUUGUUUCUUGGGGAAGAGGAUGCGCUAGACCCAAUUUCCCCGGAGUUUACGCCUGCACUGGAAAUCUCCGCAAUUGGAUCGCCCAAAUUUCCGGAAUUUAAACCGGAACUGGGUUGAAAAUUAAUUUCUUUUUCAAUUAAAUUGAAAUAAAGUUGUUUAAUUAAAUGCUUUAAAGAAUGGAUAAAUAAAGAAUCGAACAAAAUACACAUUA